AUGAGUGAGGUUUUCGAAGGGUACGAGCGCCAGUACUGCGAGCUCUCAGCAUCUCUCUUCAAGAAGUGCACGUCCGCCGGCCUUCUUGAUGGGGGUAAUGUGGCCUCAACCUGUUACCUGCGUCUGGAAGCGGGUCUCGCCCGGGAUACUUGGCGGAUUUGCUGUCCUUCAUGAGAAAUUGGCGCAAUAGGCGCGGCAAUUGGUUGUGCAUAUUUAUCUGAUCAUGCUCCGCACCCUGAAAUCCGUUCCGUCUUCAUUUCUUCAGAACAGAAGAAACAGAAAGUGUCCGAGAUCAAGACUGGAUUGGAGGACGCCGAAGCUUUGGUAUCUGCUUCGACGCCUAUCGUAUCAUCACAUAUUCUUCCCUCCACCGCUUGCUGACGCCUCACGUUUCUCUGUCGGAAUGCGUGCUUUAGAUCCGGAAAAUGGACCUGGAGGCGCGGAGUCUGCAGCCCAGCUUGAAGGCCAUGCUUCUUGCCAAGCUGAGGGAAUAUAAGUCCGAUCUCAACAGCUUGAAAGGCGAAGUGAAGAAGAUCACGUCCCCAAACCCUAAUCAAAGUGUUCGUGAGGAGCUACUGGAGUCGGGGAUGGCAGAUACACUGAUGGUAUGCUCACACUCUCAUCCCUAUAAUCUUUUUGAGCGUCUUCUUCAUUGGGUCCACCAAACCAUUGAGAUGCUGUUUGAGCCUCUUCUUCUGCGUCUCGGACAGGGUAGCAGGAGCUAGUUUAGGGUUUUAGUUAUGACGCUUCUUUUGCUCACUGAUGCUUAGGGUUGCCUCUAGUGAGACGUCUUGCCUGAAAAACUUGACAUGGGUCUUCUUCCUCCUUUGGGCCUACCCCUGACCCAUUGCAGCUUCUAUUUUAUUGUUUUCUUAGGUUAUGAUGAUAAGAUUGCUGUAAGAAACUACUAUUAAAACGUGAGAAUUUCCUGAAAUAGAUAAAAGAAGGCUAGGGUCCGGAUUAGAUCAGAUUCCUUCUGUUAUUUUAGCUGCAUCCAUGCUCCCACUUGAGAAACUUAUGGAAACAUUUCUCCCUCUAAGAACAGCUGAUGGAUUGCUUGCUUGAAGAUGGCCGGAUGAUGAGAGAUUAGGAUCCUCAUCUCUUCUAUCUGCCAUCCCUUUCCUUCUCCCUGGCCCCUCGAUCGCCUUCUUUGCAUGCUACCAGGUUGUAUGACCAUUGCAGAUCUAGUAGAUGAGCUAAGCUCCGGCAUGCAACACAUUUCUUUCUUUCUUUCUUUCUUUUUUUUUGGCUUCAUCACCAUCCUAAUUGUACCUUUGUAGAACUUCGUAUGGGAAACUCCCUGUAGAUGCUAGAUUUCUCAGAAACUUUCCCUCUACUGUUAAUAUGGAAAUCCCUUCUGAGUCAUUCCCUUCACUAGAAAUUGCUGAAUCUACUGCUCCUAGGCUAGACAAGCUCAGCAUAUCAAGAACAGAGGCAAGAAGAGCUUGUCCGGGGCGGCUUGCCUUGUCUAUCUUUCAAGUUACCGUAGAAGGAAAAUGGCCGGACAUGAAUGACUAUCAAGGAUGCCUGCUUUCUUCUGGUCAAUGAUUUUGCGAUAAUUUUCUGUGGAUUGAUGUAACUCUUCUGUUCAUUGACGAUCAAUGUUAGUUUAGUGAAAUGAUUGAUGGUUUAAUUCUUGCAGGCGUCUGCAGAUCAGAGAGGAAGGCUGUUGAUGUCCACCGAAAGGCUGAACCAGUCCAGUGAGAGGAUCAAGGAGAGCCGAAGAACCAUGCUGGAGACAGAAGAACUGGGUGUCUCCAUCCUCCAGGACCUCCAUCAGCAGCGUCAAUCUCUCUUGCAUGCUCAUAACACGGUUUGCUUUACCUCUCAAUUCCCUUUCUUCUUUUUAUAGUAAUGAUUGGCGGCGAAGGCGUCCAUCCCCCCUCCCCUCUCUUUUUUUUUGCUUUUUCCCCCAAAACAUACGCAGAAUAAUGAAAAUAAUCUCAUUUCAAGGUGCUGAGAACUAUUAAAAUAGAACAAUGUUUUUUCUAUAAUCGAGUUGCUCAUGCACAAGAUGCUUGACCUCGAGGAGCAUCAGUUCAACGGAGAAGAAUAUGCUGCAGGUCAACGGAAUCAUUUCCGUUUGUUUUACUAAUUAUUACCCGUGAAGACUCCUUUUUUUGAAAAAAACCAAAAAUGCAGAUUAAUGGAAAUAAACAAAUAACAAGAUGCUAUUAGAAUACAAAUCAUGAGGAUCAAACGUUGACCAGGAAAUCAUUGUGCCUGCUCUUGCAGCUACACGGGGUGGACGACAACAUCGGGAAGAGCAGGAAGAUUCUGACCGCCAUGUCCAGGCGGAUGAGUAGGAACAAGUGGAUCAUGGGCUCCGUGAUCACAUCUCUGGUUUUCGCCAUUAUUUUGAUUCUGUAUUUCAAGCUCGCCCACUAG